CCGCUUCCGGCGGGAGAAGGAGGCACCUCAGCCCUUACCGGUUGCUGUGCCGGGAUGUUCCAGUGACAGGCUUUACGUUUUCAUUACCGGGAUUCUGGUUUUGUGUAUAUUAUUGUUGUUAUUUUGUUUUUUUUUAAUACACGCGCCGCCUAUUCUGCGUGUGUUCCCGGCGGGAGUCCAGCGUGGUCGUGUUGGCUGUGGGAGGAGCAGUAACAGACCCCAGGAUGGUGUGAGGGACACCGGGUGGCCUGUGUAUUGUGUGCGUUGUUUUAAUGCAGCCUGGAUACUGACUUCCUUUGGUUUUAUUGAUUUUUCCGUGAGAGCCCAUUGAUAAUUCUCCCCCUUUUCCACCAAAACAAAACCCCUCCCCUUAUCCAGAUUUCCCCCACGGGUGUCCGUUGUCACCCUCUCGUACUGCUCCCACUCUCUUUCGAGGAUUGUUUUUAAAGAGGGUCGCAGAGACAUGGCUUCUUCGUCCGGCAAUGAUGACGACCUCACCAUCCCUAGGGCUGCCAUCAAUAAAAUGAUUAAAGAAACUUUGCCUAACGUCAGGGUGGCCAACGAUGCCAGGGAACUGGUGGUGAACUGUUGCACCGAGUUUAUCCACCUGAUCUCCUCGGAGGCCAACGAGAUCUGCAACAAAUCGGAGAAGAAGACCAUCUCCCCCGAGCAUGUCAUACAGGCUCUAGAAAGUUUGGGCUUUGGCUCCUACAUCAGCGAGGUGAAAGAAGUCUUGCAAGAAUGCAAAACUGUAGCGUUAAAAAGGAGAAAGGCAAGUUCUCGGCUAGAAAACCUUGGCAUUCCGGAAGAAGAGCUUCUAAGGCAGCAACAAGAACUAUUUGCAAAAGCCAGACAGCAGCAAGCAGAAUUAGCACAGCAGGAGUGGCUACAGAUGCAGCAAGCGGCUCAGCAAGCACAACUUGCAGCUGCAUCUGCGAGCGCAUCCAACCAGGCUGGGUCCUCUCAGGACGAGGAGGAAGAUGACAUCUGAGUUUUUCUGGCUGGCAUCCUAUUGACCUCUCUGAAUAUUUUUCGCCUGCACAACAACAACAAAAAAACAGUGAAAAAAAUGCUUACCUGUAAAUUUUUUUUUUAUGCAUCUUGGUGGACUGGUUGUUAAUAUUCUAGGGACGUCUGUUAAGUCUCAGCUGUAUGUGAUCUACAUGUAAAAACAUCCUUUUUGAACUGUCAGCAAAUCUAAGGUUCACUAUCCUAUCAUAUAGAGAAUUUUUAAUGGUCUUUGUGAAAAUUUUAUAUAAGCAAUGAGUCACUUACUUGAUCAAUAAGCAGUGUUAAACCAGACUUCAACUUUAUUAAAUAUAAUGAGAUUUAUACAGAAGCUCUAAAUAACAUAUUCACAUUUCUCCUUUUAACUAAGUAAAAAAAAAAUCUUAGGGAUUUUUUUUAAAUGUUUGGGUUAGGGCUGGGGCAUAAGUAGGUCUAUCAAGCACAUUAUUAUGUUGAGAAUGGACAUUCUUGAAUGCUAAAUUUUAGGGGAGGAUGUAAACAUUUUGUAAAGGGCAAUACAACAAGGUGUUGCUAACAAGAGACAUAGAAAGUUAGUGUUUGUAAAAAUGUACAUUAGCCUUCAUAUUUUGGUGGGGAAGGGGUCAUUUUUAGGAAUUCCGAUGGCCAUCAAAUAUUUUUUUUUUCUUAUUACGAAGGAAUAAAUGUGUAUUCCAUGCAGUGUUACAGAUUGAUUCACAGCGGGAUCACAUUUCAAAUAGCAACUGGGCCAAAUUGUCAUAAGAGCCUCAAACGUGCAAAACAGCAAAAGUCAUUUGUGGUUGUGUAUUUUUUUUUCUCUCGCUUUAAUCCUAAAUGUUAGGUUUGUUUCUGUUGUUAUGACCCCAUCCACACAGCUAACAGAUGUUGCACACUUUGUUUUUGUUUUAAUUGAUGACUGUAUGGGACUGGUUAGUAUUUAACAAGUUAAUCAACAUUACCUGUUUCGAUUUAAGUGAUGGGAAGACUUGUGUUUCAAUGUGUUUCGCAUUGAUCUGUGGGCGAAUUGCUCAUUGUUCCCGUGUUGGUGCAGUAAUGAUACAGUUUGUGUUACUUGAAGAAAUGUACCUUUUCUAAUAUCUGACAUAGUUGUUCUACAUGCAUUCUUAGUUUGUCACAGAACCUUCUUAAAGGAAGUAAAACACCAACCAGAGAUGCCAUAAAAUUGUAAAGAGCCAGGAAACUUUUAAAUAAAUUGCGACUUUUAUUAAAUAAA